AUGAGCAUACAUAGCACACAUAAACCAUUUAAAUGUAUGGAGUGCGGAAAGAGCUUCAGUUUCAAUGGAAGCCUUAGAACACAUCAACUGACUCACACGGGUGAAAAACCUUUUAAAUGCAUGGAGUGCGGAAAGAGCUUUAGUGAAAAUGGAGACCUUAGAAUACACCAACGGACUCACACAGGGGAGAAACCAUAUAAAUGUAUGGAGUGCGGAAAGGGUUUCAGUCGGAGUGGAAACCUUAAACGGCACAAACGGACUCACACGGGUGAAAAAGCUUUUAAAUGCAUGGAGUGCGGAAAAAGCUUUAGUGAAAAUGGAGACCUUAGAAUACAUCAACGGACUCACACAGGGGAGAAACCAUUUAAAUGUAUGGAGUGCGGAAAGAGCUUCAGUCAGAGUGGAGGCCUUAGAACACAUCAACGGACUCACACAGGGGAAAAACCAUUUAAAUGUAUGGAGUGCGGAAAGAGCUUCAGUCAGAGUGGAGGCCUUAGAACACAUCAACAGACUCACACAGGGGAGAAACCAUAUACAUGUAUGAAGUGCGGAAAGAGCUUUAGUGAAAAUGGAAAUCUUCGAAUACAUCUACAGACUCACACAGGGGGAAAACCAUUGAAAUGUACGGAGUGCGGAAAGAGCUUUAGUUUCAAUUCAACCCUUAAAAUACAUCAACGGACUCACACAGGGAGAAACCAUAUGAAUGUAUGGAGUGUGGAAAGAACUUCAGUCAGAAUUCACACCUCAAUAUACAUCAACGGACUCACACAGGGGAGAAACAAUAUAAAUGUAUGGAGUGUGAAAAGAGCUUCAUUCAGAAUGGAAACCUUAAAUUACACCAGCGGACUCACACGGGUGAAAAACCAUAUGAAUGCAUGGAGUGUGGAAAGAGCUUUAAUUUCAAUGCAUCCCUUAGAACACAUCAACGGACUCACACAGGGGAGAAACCAUUUAAAUGUAUGGAGUGUGGAAAGAGCUUCAGUCAGAGUGGACACCUCAGUAUUCAUCUACGGACUCACACAGGGGAGAAACCAUUUAAAUGUGUGGAGUGUGGAAAGAGCUUUCAUCAUAAUGGAAGCUUUAGAAGACAUCAAUGGAAUCACACAGGGGAGAAACCAUUUGAAUGCCUGGAGUGUGGGAAGAGCUUCAGUGAAAGUGGAAAUCUUAGAAAACAUCAGCAGACACACACGGGAGAAACCAUUUAAAUCUAUGGCGUGUGGACUUCCGGGUCAGAGCCAUUGGUGAAUGGCGGAGUUCCUCCGACCGGAGGAAUGGGCUCCGUGAAAACUGGGUCUUCCCGCCGCGGCGAAGGUGGGGACCCGCUAGAAAUCCCAGGCGGAGGAAGCCUGGGAACGUGGGGUUCGGCAGGGCACCAGAAGCGCCCCCCUACCCGCGGGGAAUCCCAUCUAGGGGCUCCGGAGCGAAGUGGGGUGAGAAGCGCGGUGCUGCGAACUGACUGCUACUUUCACGGAGUGAAGCCGCACAGCCAUUGCCAGAGAGCGCUGACUUUUCCUGUGGACAAUUGGACUUAAAACAAGUACCCGUGAGUAGAAACGGAAAAUUGGAUCAAGAAAUUGUUUUAAUUUGGUAACGAAGCGGGAAGGUGUAAACAGGAAGUCCGCCUUCCGUUUCUUUGUAUAUAGACUAAAGCAAAAAUUUUGCAAGCUAAAGCCGGGAAGCUGUCAAAAAGGACUAAAUUUCCUUCAUUUAGAACCACUGAAACCCCCCUUGGAAGCAGGAGAAAAGGGGGGGGACUCUGUUUAACCCUAGCAGGAGAGGGAGUGAAGAAGGAUAAGUUUCCAUCGUCUCUAACCUGGGAACGGGGUGUCAGAGACAGAAACUGUUGCUGAGGUUCAUUGACGGUGAACGUAACACUUUGACAGAUAGCUAAUGAAGAGAAACAAGUUGAUUCUAAUGUUGCCUUUUGCAUCUUAAAGAAACAAAAUAUCUGAAAAACGUCUGAAAUAGCUGAAAAGUGAAAGUAACUUUCCUUUGUCUUUAAAGAAAAAAAUGGCUACAAGUAGAUUGUCUCCUCUAGAGGGAGCUUGCUAAAUUGUUGUUGCAGCAUAUUUGAGACCCAACAUCUGUGAGAUUAAGACUGUGGGAACAGACUUUUCCGACCUUGAACAAAGAUGAGCUGGGAGAAAGACUGGUUGCUUGCUCUAUGCAAGACAAAUGCUUUGCUGGAACAGAUGCAUGAAAAGAUGGACUUGAUGAAUGAGAAAAUGGAUUUGACUGUUGUGGUUAAUAACAUCGAUACAGAAAUCAUCCGAGAACCAACCUAUCAAUCUGUACCGACUGGGCAAGUGCAGUUGACAAUGGAGGAGGAUGUGGCUGCACCUCAAAUAGUACAAAUGGAGAGACCCGAGGCCCUACAGGAGCAUAAGCCACUGUUAUUGAAGAUUGAAGCUGGAGUGGGCCAAGGGGAGUCUGGAGAUGAGGAGACUUCUAGCUUUGGAGAGAUUCUGAAAUUUGAUUUUAAAUUCAUUUUGGAUUACAUCGAGGACUGUGGGGAGUGGGACUGUGGGGAAUGGGUGAGCUGGAUGAAGGGUGAUGGAGACAAUUUUGGGUUGGAAUCCCCAGAGACCUACUCCUCAAUGAGAAAGGAAAGAAACUAAGACAGAGACCAACAAGAGACAAGGAAAAGGGCAAGCACAAACAAGAUGAAGAAGAAUUGCAGAAGGGACAUGGAAGAGAUUUAAGGGCCUCGGACAUAAGGCUUCCAGGUUGAUGGACUAGACGGAAUGGACAAUAAGGACAAUAAGGACUGACAUGACCCGAGACCAGGAAGAAGAGACUCUGGAUGAUGAUUGGAAGAGAAUUUAUAAUGGAAACUUUUUUAUUUUAGAAUUAGCUAAUGAAUAUUAGGCAAAAUGUGGGAAUGAAACUAUACGACUCUAGCAGAAAUGAUAUUAGGAGUUAUGUAUAUUUGAAAUUUAAGAUUUAAGUUUUAAGGCAGUUAGGGGUAAGAUAAGGUUAAAUAAAUUAAGGUAAUCUAAUAAUAGAAUAUGGGGAAAGAUGGUAAGGAUUUGUGGAGUUAAUUAUUAGGUUAAAUUGUUAAGACAAAUUUUAUAACAAAAAUUGAGAAAGAUGGAAAGAAUUUGCUGAAAUAAUCACUAAACUAGAAUACAAAAACGGAGGUGUGAGGAGGUCAAUGAAACAAGCAAAUGGAAAUUAUGGAUAUGCAAUUUGGGAUUUGUGUUUUUUUCUCUUUUUUCUUCUUUUUCACUUUUUUAUUGCUGUAUUGGUUUUCACAUUUUGUGCUUUUCUCUUUUUUAUUGUCUUCUUUUUCUUUUUUCUUUUUUUGUAUUGUAGUGUUGUUUGCUAUUUUUUAUUUUUCUUGUAAUUUUGAAAUUAUCAAUAAAUAUUAUUUUUAAAAAAAAUCUAUGGCGUGUGGAAGGAGCUUCAGUCAGAGUGGAACCCUUAAUUUACGCCAACAAACUCACCCAAGAGACAAACCAUAUAAAUGUCAGGAAAGGCGAUAAAGGUUCAGUCCUAGUGGAAGUCCUAUAUCAACAGACUCAUGGACAGGAAGAACUUUAAGAGUUGAAACCUGACAAACCAUCAACAAACUCAAAGCGGAGAAGCAGCUUAAAUGGAAGGAUUACCGAAAGUGCUUUAGUUAUAAUGGAGUGUUUAAGAAACAUCAAGAGAGUCUCAGAUGGGAGAACCCAUUUAGAUGUAUGGAGUGCGGGACAUGUUCCUCUCAGAGUCCCCUCUUCUUCACAGCAAUGAACUCAGAGGAGAUCCGGCUUCCGGCUUCAGGGCCCAGCUGAGUGUUGUCAUUAUCUCGAACUAGGUAACUCCUGUCUAAUCUUCACUAUGUCUGUGUCUCUCCCUGCUUCUGAGACCACGGGAAAUGAGGGGGGCUGUUUCUCCCCCUCCUCUUCUGAGGAAAGCUAAUCUCCUUGAGAAUGCAUUCCCCAAUAUUCAGCUUCAGACCAUUCCCUGACAAAACACAUUGCCCUGUGUCGUUCCAGCCUCUUGCCUCCCUUCCUCCCUUCUGCUGGUGUGUGUACCUGUGUGCUGUAUUUCUUUAAAUGAAGGUAAUGUCUCACAAUAGUGAGAAUAAUGUUAGAUAUAAAGUACCUUUUGACAGGGACGCGGGUGGUGCUGUGGGUUAAACCAUAGGUUCGUGGUUUGAAUCCCCGCGACAGGGUGAUCUACCAUUACUCGGUCCUUGCUCCUGCUAACCUAGCAGUUCGAAAGCAUGUCAAAGUGCAAGAAGAUAAAUAGGUACCGCUCAGGCGGGAAGGUAAAUGGUGUUUCCGUGUGCUGUUCUGGUUCGCCAGAAGCGGCUUAGUCAUGCUGGCCACAUGACCCGGAAGCUGUACACCGGCUCCCUCGGCCAGUAAAGCGAGAUGAGCGCCGCAACCCCAGAGUUGGUCACGACUGGACCUAAUGGUCAGGGGUCCCUUUACCUUUACCUUACCUUUUAAUAGAGAAGGGGAGAGGGUGAAUAUGGAUUGCUGGUGGUGGGUGAGGAUUAGGGCUGGGCGAUAUAUUGAUAUCUUAUCCAAUGCUGGUUUCUAGACCAUAUCCCGAUUACCUUUGAAAAACAAUUGAUAUGUCAAUACACUGCAAAUCACAAUGUGUGUUUUGUGAUGUGCUUGGAAGCAGCCAGCAGAAAGCUUUGCUUCGUGAAGUCCCUGGAGAUGCUACGCUGCUGACUUCUCUCCCAGGCGACAGGAAGCGAAAGACACACCUCCAUUGCCCUGCGUCCUUCCAGCCUCUUUCCUCCCUUGCUCCCUUCUGCCGGUGUGUGUGCCUGAGUUAGAUAUCCUGUGUGCUGUAUUUUUUUACUGCUGAAACUGGAUUUGCUCACAGGUGCUAAGUUUUGUGCCUCUCUGGGGACCCAGUGAGAACUGUAUGCUUUGAAAGCUCAGUAAACUAUUCCUGAAGAAGUCCUGCUGCCCCUAUGUGUGUUUUUGUCCUCAGCGUGGGAUUUGCUCUGCAUGUGGCCCCUACCCUGCUGCUACUUGGCUGGAGUUGCUCUGCUCAAGCAUGCAAGACGGGUGCAUCUGUGUGUGACUGGUUUUUGCACCAAACUCUGUCACCCCCACCACCGCAUGAUCUCCAAACACUGCUUCUUCACCAGAACUUCAUCCCUGCCCCCUGCAAUUAGGCUUGGGGAAACUCUAUCGUUAAAAUACUGUAAUUUAACGAUAGAGUUUCCCCAAGCCUAAUUGCAAGAGGGGGAAGGAGGGGCUGCAGGUACGAGGGAAGUCUCCUGGGGGGUCCCAUCUUCACUCAUGAACCCCCUGGAGGAACCCCAGAGCUCCUGCUUAUUCUGGGGUUUGGAGAAGAUAGUCCUUUUCCAUAGUCCCAGAAGUUAUUACUCAAUCCUGCUGCUAGGGAGUUUUCCUACAGAGGACCAGACUCCAUAUUACUAUCAUACUGAUUUUACUGUUGUUUCUGCUUUUGCUGUCAUGGACUGGCUGGGUGCGGGGGGGGGGGUGAGGCACCAGCCGGGGGACCCACAAGGGAAGAAGGCUCAGAGCCUGGGGGCUGGUGGUGGGAUGGCAAUGAGCAGAAAGAGAGGGAAAAGGGAGCAGAAUGGAAGGGAGGUGUUGCAAGCUGGAGGAAACAGGGUUUGGUGAGCAGGAAGAGGCUGGGGCAGAGAGCAGUUCAGGAGAGGAGGGAGGAGAGGAGGGGGGCCAGAAGACCCAGAGGAGGCCGGCUACUGAAGCAUCCAGGGAGGCUCCCCCUCCUGCUGCGACCAGCUCCCCUCUCCCCUGGUCUCCUAGAGCACACAGAGAAACCAAGUUCAGACCCCAUGAUCCUGCACAUGAUAUUAAGAGGGUGUUUCCCUGCCCCCCAACAUGCCUCACUUUAAUCUUGUUGACAAUGAACUGUAUUUUCAGCCCAAUCACCCCGUUUGGAGAGCUCUUUUUGGAGCUCCUUGCAAUCUGUCUUUGAACAAUCCUGGACAAUUUCCUGCCACCAGCAAACUUUGCCCCCUCUCUGCUCACUCCUAACUCUAGAUCAUUUAUGAACAAGUUGAAAAGCCACAGGUCCCAAUACUGAUUUAUUGGGGACUCCACUUUCUGCUUCUCUCCAUUCACAGGAGUGUUCGUUUAAUAAUAUGUGUUCCUCCCUCCCCCCAUCCUUCUGUGCUGCGUAGGGAACCCUGCGGAAAAGUUAUGGAGGGGUGGUGGGGAAAUUGUUAUCAGCUCUCCCACUGGUUCGGUAGUGAUGCAACCGUUCUUAGGAUAUGCACGGGGUUGUUGUUCUCGGGGUUGAGUUGCAGCAUUUUCCCAAUUUUCCGGCAUCGAUGGUGUUAUCUGAAUUGCUGGAAUCAUCAAAGACAAUUAAAUCUGUCUCUGGCUUUCUGUGUGUCACAUUUCCCUUGGGAGGAGCGUCACUUGGCAUUGGCUGAUCAGAUUCCAACUGGGGUAAAGAGUGGUGAAAUUCUGGAUCUGCCAAAGGCCUAAUGGAGUGUCCUAUCAUUGAAUUAUCUAGAUUGGGCUGGCGUUCUUUGUGUGUUUGGCCUUUUUUGCUCUGAUGUUUUCCUCUCCAAGGGAGUGUUACAGCUGGGUUCACCGCACGUAUCCAUCUUUGACGGCCCUUCCAAAUGAAUCAUGGCCCUAUGGUGAAAGCCCUUCGGCAGAGAGGGUGUUGAUUGCUUGGGGUCGGUCCGGCAGAAACAAAAGCAAAGCCUACUCAAAGGGAAGCCGCUUCAGCUUCCAGCCUGUCUGAUCCCACAAUGGCUGAAGAAAAAUUGCCCUUAGGGAAUGGCAGAGAUGAAUGGAAGCGGGCAAGGAAGCCCCACAAUCGCUCCUGCUGGAGGAAUAGGGGCACUGACCCUAUACUCAAAGGUGAUGGCCACUUCUGGAAUCCAGGAAGGAAUUCUCCCCACACUGGUCACAUGCAGCUGGGCUCACUUUCCAAAGUCACCUGGAGGGCCUGCCAACAAUUCCCAUCAUCCCUCGUCUUGCUAGCUUGGGAUGGUGGGAUCUGUAGUCCAAAAACAGCUGGUGACCCACAUUUGGGAAACCCUGUUCUCCCUGAAGGACAAAGGAGGAUUCACUUGCAUCAGAAUAUCAGGCAGGUUCUGUAGGAUCAGGCCCAAGGGGCCCCUGUCUUCUCAGGGGCCCAGCAGGGGCCUCUUCUGGGAAGCCCACUGGCAGCACUUGAGCACCAGAGAAGGAUGGCUGCCUCUGACUGGGGAAGCAAAUUUCUUCUAGGGCACAUUUCUGGGGAAGUUUAGGGAAGUGUUUUAAUGUUUAAUGUCGUAUUUUGUUUUUAGUAUUGGGCUGGGAGCCGCCCAGAGUGGCUGGGGAAGCCGAGCUAGAUGAGCGGGGUAUAAAUAAUAAAUCAUUAUAUAUAUUCUUAUAUGGGGUCCCCACGAUGCUCCCCAGCCUGGCUCCAGACUGCCAGGGAAGCUGUGUUGUGUUUUGCUGCAGGUGAGCCUGCCCUGUGCAACGCUGGGCUCUUAAAGGAACUUGGAGCUCCAGGUGGAGGGGCCACAGCUUCCCCACACUUGUGAAGCAGCCAUGGGAGCGAUGGGGAGGCAGGCGGCUUGAGGUGGGGAGUGGCAUGGAGUGGACGAAUCCGCUAGAAGGAGCUUCUGGAGCCUAUGCACCCCACCCCUUGCCUGCUCCCUGAAGGUUUCCUGAGCCUCUCCCCUUUGCUGAGGGCAGGAGUCAUAAUCCUGUCCCAUUGUGUUGUGUCUGGCUUUUAGGUAAGCGGGUGAGGCUCAGGUGGGAAAGAGUUGAGAAAGAAAAAAUCCUGGGGUGCGGAUUUACUCCGCUGCCCAGCUCGUCAGGGUGCCACUCCCCGGGGGUCCCUCUGGUUAGCAAAAGAAGGAAUCUCCAGCCACGUUAAAUAUACAAAACAGCAGUCAGCAGACCUGAUCUUUAUUUGUUGCAACAAGGUUCAAACACAAAGAUUGUUUGGUUGUGUUAUGAGGUGGGAAAGCUGCUCCAUUAUCCCUUAUGGGAUAUCCAAGUGCCCAUAUAGAGUCCUUUUGUAGGUUCUCUAUCGGUAGGAGGAAAUAACAGAGGCCAACCAGAGAAUAUGAAGUAGCAAAGCAGCUAGUAAGCCUGAUCUUUAUUAAAGCUGUUGCAACAGGGUGUUCCCCCCACAGGAGGAGAGAAGAGGACCCCUAACAAAGGAGUGCAAGCCCUUAUAUAGACAUUUUGAAAUUGCCCCCCCGGAGCCCAAGACCGCCCCCCCCCCCAAAACAUCAUAAAUACAUCACAGAAGGGUUGUAGCCCAAGACCACCCCCAAGACAGCAUACCUACAUCAGAGAAGGGGUGGACUACAACAGAAAUCUGAGUGCAUUGUUUCUCUCCUGUCUACCAGGUUACCUGACUGGAAUACCUGGGAAUCCUGGCCCCUCUUUUCUUAGGCUGGCCUCAACUAGAGCCAGGGCUUUCUCGGCUGCGGCUCCAAUCUGGUGGAACGCUCUGUCACAAGAGACUAGGGCCCUGCGGGACCUGACAUCUUUCCGCAAGGCCUGCAAGACAGAGUUGUUCCACCAGGCCUUUGGUCAGGGCCCAGCCUGACUCCCUCCUCUGGCAACCUGCACAGAACUUUGCUUAACGGUUGCCAUUAAUUUGAUUUUAAUUAAUUUUUAUAAUGAAAUGUUUUAGAAUGUUGGAUUAUUUGAUUGUUUGAUUAUUUGUUUGUUGUUAGCCGCCCUGAGCCUGGCUUUGGCUGGGGAGGGCGGGAUAUAAAUAAAAUUUAUUAUUAUUAUUAUUAUUAUUAUUAUUAUUAUUAUGAUAGCUACUCAGUUCCUGAAUCCAUGUCACAGGCUCACCCUAUUCAUUUCUUAAAUGUGCCCUUAAGACAGGAUUUGUGAGCAAAGAGAAAAUGGGGAGGUUUCCAACUUUGACCUUGCAGAGAAAUAUUUGAGGUCAAUUUGGGAGGGACAAAAUGGUUCCAGAACUUUUCCUGUGCGCUUCAGACCUGUGGUGUGGGUGGGUGGGUGUGUAUGUGUACACACACACGCACACACACACACACACACACACAAUUGCUUGUUUGGAACAUUUAUUUUAUAUAUAUUGGACCUUAAAAUUCUUACAACAAUUGCAUAUGGUUGCAUGAACUUUUAAGACCUCUCCCCAUUUCCCACAAUACAUUUUUUCACAGCAUCAUCCAUAAAUCACAAAUGUGUCACAAAGUAGGAGUCUUUGGAAUUUAGAAACACGAGCCCGUCACCCUGCCCGUCAGUAACCCCAUUUUCCCACACCUUUUAACUACCCUCUUCCCCAAAGAACCAUAAUAGUAUUUACACAUCCCUUAGCUGCGAGGCUUUCCUGCGAUUCUCCUUCGAAAGUAUCAGGAUUCAAUCUGCCAUCCCGAUGGAUUUCUGUCCGGGGCAUGUGCUGCCCUUGAUCGCCUCCUGCCUCCUAAGGGAAUGUGGAUUAUGAAUUGGAUCCCCCAAUUCCAGAGGAGUCAUUAGGCGUUGGAACACAGGAAAUCCGUCAAACCGUUGACUUGACGAUUAUUUGACGUUUCUACAGUUUUCUAUACAGUAUUGGAUAGUCGGAGGAAACAGUCCGAUUCAUGGUAUCCGCUUCUUGCUACAAUUGUAUAGGCUGCUUUUCUUAGCCUCCUUGCUGUUGUGCAUGGAAGGUGCUUGUGUCAACGGUCAUUGUCCCGGCCUUAGUCCGAGGCUGUGGUGGGGACGUGGGGUUUUGGGGGAGUCGUAUAACUGUCCCCCCUCCUGGUUUGAAGAGCACCAAUACCUAAAACACGGACGCACGGCUCGUGGCGUGGGGUGGGCGAGGGAAGGAUUUUGCAAUGUAACAUGGGGGGAAACCCCACUUUGUAAUUAGUUUGCGGGAUCAGCGCCUCCCCCCGCUCUCCUGAUCCACAGCUGGAAGAGAGGAGGAGGGAAACCUUCCUCUCCCUCCCCCCAUUCCACCCCUCCCCUCCCGGCACAUCCUUCCCUCACCCCACCCCCUCAUCCCCAAAUCCCCUCCCCAAUAUGCUGCUCAUCCUCCUCGCCAUCCGACCUCUGUUCCGGGAAUAGGGGGGGAGAGCCCCCCUCCCAACCUGCCUGCUUCUCCCGGAAGUGGAGCUUCCACUCCGGAUUGCUGCUCUGCGCCGUAGCUCUAGGGACGCGCCCUUUCGGAAAGGGGAGGAGGGGCAGCAGGCGACCCCCCCCCCCGGUGGAUGUUUCAGGAAAGGAAAGGAGAAUCUGGAGUGAGGAGAAAGAGGUAAAGGGGUCGUGGGGGGGGGGAGGACAGAAAAGGACCCAGGAAGGGACGCCGCGCCACCUCCCAACAGCGCAUUUCAUGCGUCCCGUCGGCAUGGCCUUGAUCCCUGCAUCCGUGCUGCGCCUUGGCAGCGGCGGACAUGGGGGGCCCACCGAGGGGGUCCCCACGAGGGCCCCUUAGUCCCGUUUCCCCCACGCAGGGAUCCCUGGGGCCCUGUGGGAUCUGCACGGAGAAAGGCGGGCCACGAAAGGGUUAACGGGCUCGAGGGACGCCUGGAUAGAGACCCCAGUGUGGCUUGUUUCCCGGACCUCCUCAUACCUCCCUCUUUUGUAUUCUAAUUCAAUUUUUUAGUCCAGCGAUUCCUUUCCCUCCUUUUUAAUCCUGAACUUUAAUCUUGAUAUAUUAUAACAUUAAAUUUUUAGAUAUUAAAAACCAAUUUUUCCAUAUUCUUUUAUACCAUUACCGCUAGAAACCGCUUAACUUCAAUCCGUCAUCGUUCUAACAUUCAUUAAUUUUGCAAUAUUUCUGUAAGUAGUCUUUAAAUUUCUUCCAAUCUUCUUCCACCGACUCUUCUCCCUGGUCUCGGAUUCUGCCAGUCAUUUCCGCCAAUUCCAUAUAGUCCAUCAUUUUCAUCUUCCAUUCCUCCAGUGUGGGUAGAUCUUGUGUCUUCCAAUGUUUUGUGAUAAGUAUUCUUGCUGCUGUUGUAGCAUACAUAAAGAAAGUUCUAUCCUUCUUUAACACUGAUUGGCCGACUAUGCCCAGGAGAAAGGCCUCUGGUUUCUUCAAGAAGGUAUAUUUAAAUACCUUUUUAAAUCAUUAUAAAUCAUCUCCUAGAAAACCUUAAUCCUUGGGCACGUCCACCAAAGGUGAAAGAAUGUACCUUCAGUUUCUUUACAUUUCCAACAUUUGUUAUCGGGCAAAUGGUAGAUUUUUGCAAGCUUGACUGGGGUUAUGUACCACCUGUAUAUCAUUUUCAUAAUAUUCUCUCUUAGGGCAUUACAUGCCGUAAACUUCAUACCUGUGGUCCACAACUGUUCCCAGUCAGCCAUCAUUAUAUUAUGUCCAACGUCUUGUGCCCAUUUAAUCAUAGCAGAUUUCACCGUUUCAUCCUGAGUAUUCCAUUUCAACAGCAAGUUAUACAUCUUUGACAAAAUCUUAGUUUUGGGUUCUAACAAUUCUGUUUCUAAUUUUGAUUUUUCCACCUGGAAGCCAAUUUUCUUGUCCAAAUUGAAUGCCUCCAUUAUCUGAUAAUAAUGAAGCCGGUCUCGCACUUUGUUUUUUAAUUUUUCAAAACUCUGCAGUUUCAAUCUAUCUCCAUCUUGUUCCAAAAUUUCCCAAUAUUUCGGCCAAUUGACCUCCAUAUUGAGCUUUUUCAAAGCUUUCGCUUCCAUCGGUGACAGCCACCUUGGGGUUUUAUUUUCCAAUAAAUCCUUAUAUCUUAUCCAGACAUUAAACAAUGCUUUCCUGACAAUAUGGUUUUUAAAUACUUUAUGUGCUUUGACCUUAUCAUACCACAGAUAUGCAUGCCAUCCAAAUACAUUGUUAAAACCUUCUAAAUCCAAAAUGUCAGUGUUUUCAAGAAGCAGCCAUUCUUUCAACCAGCAAAAAGCUGCUGAUUCAUAAUACAGUUUGAGGUCUGGCAGGGCAAAUCCACCUCUUUCCUUUGCAUCUGUUAAUAUUUUAAAUUUUAUUCUGGGCUUCUUGCCCUGCCAGACAAAUCUAGAAAUAUCUCUCUGCCACCUCUUGAAACAGUCCAUUUUGUCCACAAUUUGCAAUGUUUGAAACAAAAACAACAUUCUAGGCAAUACAUUCAUUUUUACCGCAGCAAUACGGCCCAGCAGCGAAAGCUUCAAAUUUGACCAAAUUUCUAAAUCUUUUUUCACUUCCGCCCAACAUUUUUCAUAGUUAUCUUUAAAUAAAUUCCCAUUUUUUGCUGUCAUGUUAAUCCCCAGGUAUUUAACUUUCUUAACCACUGUUAAACCUGUCUCAUUCUGAAACCUCUCUCUCUCCAGUGAUUCUGGCUCCUGUAACGUCAGUACUAAGUCAUCUGCAAAUGCUCUCAAUUUGUACUGUUUAGCUCCGACCUGUAUACCUUUAAGCAACUGGUCCCUUCUAAUCAUGUUCAGCAAAACCUCCAGGACCGAAAUAAAAAGCAGUGGGGAAAUUGGGCAACCUUGUCGUGUCCCUUUCUCUAUCUUAAAUUCUUCCGUCACCACAUUAUUUACAAUUAAUUUAGCCUUUUGUUCUGAAUAAAUUGCACUUAUACCGUUUUCAAAGCCUUGGCCUACCCCCAUACCCUGUAGGUUCUUCCUCAUAAAACUCCAAGAAAUGUUGUCAAAGCUUUCUCCGCGUCCACAAAUAUCAAAACUGCUUUAGUAUUUAUGUUCACUUCUAGUUUUUCCAAAAUAUCAAUUCUAUUCCUCAAAUUGUCAGACAAGUGUCUUCCCGGGAGAAAGCCCGCUUGGUCUUUAUGAAUCUCUUCCAUCAACACUUUUUUCAGUCUCUUAGCCAAAAUGUCUGCAAAAAUUUUGUAAUCCACAUUAAGUAGUGAUAUGGGGUGGUAGUUCUUAAGCUGCGUCUUUUCAGUCUCUGUUUUCGGUACAAGUGUGAUAUAAGCUUCUUUCCACGACUCUGGUGCCCUUUUCCUUCCAUUAUUUCAUUACAGACCUCUUUCAAGGGUUGUACUAGCCAUUCUUUCAAGGAUCUGUAAUAUCUAGAAGUCAGUCCAUCCGGUCCUGGAGAUUUACCCAAUUGCAUAUUUUGAAUGGCACCUUCUAUCUCCUGUUCAGUUAUUUUAUAGUUCAACAUUAAUUUAUUUUCUUGAGAGAUUUUUUGUAAUCCACUUGUUUUCAAAAAUCGAUCUAGAUCAGUUUCUUUCAGUGGCCCUUGUGUAUAUAGUUGUUUAAAGUACCUCUGGAAACAAUUUCUAAUCUCAGCUGGGUUCUGUAUAUUCCUUCCUUCCACUUCUAACUUUGUAACUGUAUUUAAUUUUUGUCUUUUUUUCAUUUGCCAAGCCAACAAUUUCCCACAUUGGUUAGCAGACUCGAAUGUCUUUUGUCUCAUUUGUUUAAUUUUCCAUUCUAUCUCCUGAUUCAUCAUUUUCAUAUAUUGCACUUGAUAUAACUUUAUUUCUCUCAAAAUCUCUUGAGACUUUGGUUUUAUUCUCAAUCUUUUUUUCACUAUCCUUUAUUUUCUCCAAUAUUUUAUCCUUCUUCUCAUUUUGGAUUCUCUUCUUUAAUGCAUUCUGUUGUAUCAAGAACCCUCUCAUAACCGCUUUGCUUGCGUCCCAGAUUACUCUUUUUUCCACAUUGGUGCUCAUAUUUAUCUCAAAAUAGUCUCUCAAGGUUUUUUGGGCCUUCUUAAGCACUUCUUCAUCUCUAAAUAAGGUGUCAUUCAUCCUCCAUCUAAAGGAGCCAGUUGGUGUUAGUUUCAUUUCCAUCUUGACAGCAUUAUGGUCGGAGCAGGUUUUGGGGCAGAUUUCCACUUUUCUUGUCUUUGGUGCCAUUCCUCUAGUUACCCAUAUUUGGUCCAUUCUUGUCCAUGUCAUUUUGGCUUCAGAAAAGAAGGUUCCCUCUUUAGCCAUGGGGUUCCUUGUUCUCCAAAUGUCAACUAAGUCCAAGUUGUCUGUCAUCUCAAAAAAAGUUUUCGGUAGUCUACCAUCUUUAGUGACUACCUGUCUUUGUGCCUUGUCCAUAUGUGUAGAUACCACUCCAUUCAUGUCUCCCAUCAAAAUCAUGUUGUAAUCCAAAUAGUCCAUCAGGGUCUCAUGCAACUUCUUAAAAAAAUCAGAUUUCCCCUCAUUUGGUGCAUAAAUUCCUACUAUCAAAAAUUUUUCUCCUUGUGUUUGAAUUUCGAUUGCCACAAAUCUUCCUUGGUCAUCUUUAAAAAUAAAUUUCGGUGAUAAGCUGUCCUUUGCAUAAAUCACAACCCCUCUUUUUUUAACCUUGUCCGAUGAAAUAAACUCCUGACCAAGUCUUUUAUUAAUCAAUAAUUUCCUGUGUAGCCUUGUUAUAUGUGUUUCUUGUAGACAAAUCAAGUCCAAUUGUUCCUUUUUAAUAAAUGAAACACAGAUCUCCUUUUCUGAGGGGAGUUCAAGCCAUUACAAUUCCAACUUAGUAGUUGCAGAGCCAUGAUGUAGCUACUUUACUUCUCCUCCAACAGCACCCAGUGCCUGUUCCUGUUCUGUCGGUGGUAUCACCUUUUUCAGGCGGUCUUUUAGUUCCAGAGGUAGAUCUGGUGUGUCUAAGGUUUCUCUUGCAAGUGCUCUUAGCUCUCCUGUAACUUUCUUCUGCAGGUCUUCUCCGUGGUCUCUCCAAAAUUUGUCUUUGUCGUCUUCUGAUCUUAUUUUUAUCUUCUUUCCUUUCUAGCUAAAAGAUAGGCCUUGGGGGAAUUCCCACCUAAAAAUGAUUCCGUUGCUUCUCAGCAGGGUAACCAAAUCUUUAUAAUUGGACCUAAGGUCCAAAAGAUGUUUCGGAAUAUCCUUGAAUAUCUCCACUUUUGACUGUUGUAUUUCCAAGGUCUUCUGGAAAUGCAGGCUCAGGAUUUUAUCUCUCUCUUCUUUUGUUCGGAGGGUGAUCAAACAGUCUCUCACCCUGUUCUUUCUCCCUCCUUUUCCAAGCCUAAAAGCACUCACUAUCUUAAAACUGUCCUUUCCCAAAUCUGGGUUCCAAAAGUCUGCAAAUUCCUGCGUAAGAAAUUCAAUCAAAUUGUCUUUCUCCACUUUAGGUACAGCCCUGACCCUGAAAUUCACUUGUUUCUCCUUCAACUCGAUCAUAGACAGAAUUGACUUAUGGUCUUCAAGUUGUUUAUGAAGCGGUGGUAUCUUCUCUUCUACCACAGUAGCUGUAGCAGUGGCAAUUUCUUUAGCCUCUUCGGCUGUCUUACGUGUCGAAGUGGAUUCCUGUAAUAGUUUCUGAAUAGUUUCUGUAUUAGUAUUUACCUUCUGUCCCAAAUUAUUAAUACUUGUCGUAUAUUAAUACUUGUCGUAGAUUGUAGUAUUUCUACCCUGCCUAUCUGGCUGGGUUUCCCCAGCCACUCUGGGCAGCUUACAGUACACAUAACAGAAAGCAAAACAUCAGCCUUCAGCUGUCUUCCAAAUGUCAGAUAGUUGCCCAUUUCCUUGCCCUCUGCCUGCUUCUCUGUAACUUCGCUUCUCAAUGGGGGUGGGGGGGUGGGGUUGAACCAGCGGACGACCCUCAAAGGAGGACCUCAGUGUACAGAAUGAGCGAUGGGGGUGGAGACACUCCUUCAGGUCUAUAGAGAGUGAGGCUGUAGGGCUUUAGGUCAAUGAUCUUGCUCCUCCAUAAUGAUUUCCACAGCAAGUCCGACAUACAAUUAGCAGAGUAGGAAAGAAAGCUUAGAGACAGCAAAAAAAUCCUUCAGCAAAUAAAUUUGUGACUGAAGGCAUAACAGGAAUCUAUGCCUGAAAAAUGCAACCACAGCAAUUUAAAGGUCAGCACCAACAAUGUGAAAUGUGCUCAGAAAUGUACUGGGAGUCAGUGAAGAUUCUUUCAGACUGGUGUUAUGUUGUCUCAGCGGCUGCUCCCCUUCUGUUCUAUAGCUGCCACAUUCUGGAUUAGUUGCUGUUUACGAGUCACCUUCCAAGAUGGCCCCAUGUAGCGAAUGGCAGUAGUCCAAGCGGGAGAUCACCAGAAUAUGCAGCACUCUGGGGAGACAGUCUCCAGGCAUGGAGGGUCUCAGCCAGCGUACCAGAUGGAGCUGGCCGACAACUGCCCUGGACACAGAAUUGACCUGUGCCUCCAUGGACAGCUGUGAGUCCAAAAUGACCACCAGGUUGUGCACCUGGUCCUUUUGGGGCACAGUUACCUCCAUCAGUUCUAGGGCAUCUCCCACACCUGCCUGCCCCCUUUCCCCUGGGACAGUAUUUCUGUCUUGUCAAGAUUCAACCUCAAUCUGUUAGCCAUCAUCCAUCCUUCAACUGCCUCCAGACACUCAUACAGUACCUUCACUGGUUCCAAUUUAAAAGAGAGGUAGAGCUUGGUAUCAUCCACAUACCGGGGAAAACCCAAUCCAAACCCCCUGAUGAUCUCUCCCAGCGUCUUCAUAUAGAUAUUAAAAAGCAUAGGGGAGAGGAUGGAGCCCUCAGGAACCCCACAAGUGAGAGCCCAGAGGUCUGAACACUCAUCCCCCAACACCACUUUCAGGACAUGGCCCAGGAGGAAGGAGAGGAACCACUGCACAUGGUCAAAUGUGCACAUACCAUGGUCAAAGGUCUCCAAAGCCGCUGAGAGAUCCAGCAGAACCAGGAAAGAGCUUUUCCCCCCUUGGUCUCUAGCCCAUCGGAGAUCAUCAAGCGGCGCAACCAGGGCAGUUUCCGUCCCAUGAUGAGGCCUGAAUCCCAAUUGGAAGGAUAAUGGUGGCAGAAGCUUUCCUGGUCCUGCCCCUCCAAAAGCUCCAGGCCCAAGACUUUCAUUAGCUUUCAAGGGGCCAUCGGAGAUGCUGGAAGGAGGUGUGCAGGACACCAUCCAAUUGUCUUAGAGAGUCCAUUCUGGAUUUGUGUAGGUUCCCCCCCAUAGCCUUCUCUUCUCCUGAAGAUAACUCACAAGGCAGUGAAGGUUUAGGAUCAGAGCUUUCCUUCUCGAUGGGCUUCCUUCCCCGGUUGACAAUCACAUCUGCCCUUCACUUUCCUCUGCAGCAUGGGCGGAAUCUGCCUUUUUGACUGUGGGAUUCACUGUUGUUCUCCUCCUCUCCAUCCACCAGGGUCUGCCUUCACCUGCACCAGAAUUCCCCAACCCACCAAGCGUUUGAGACCCAUCAGGUAUCCUCACCUGGUUUAGCCGGCCCGUUGAAGCUGUUGCUUGGAUCGCUGCCUCUGUUGCAUUCUGGCAGCUUCUGGAAGCCACAGGUGAGAGCUGAGUGCAGGGUGGGGACCAAUGGUGGAAAAAUUACCCCACAAGGUGGACUACAUGUCGCCCACCAAAGGUACUACCGCUCCCCUAACACCCCAAGCCAUCCUAUAAUUAUGAUAUUUAAGACAGAUCAGGAAUAAAUUUAUUUCUCAAGAAACAACAUAACUUCAGGCUCUUAAUGACUCAAUACUACAUAUUCAAGGAUGAAGUUUCCAUUAAAUACAGUUAUCUAUUUGCCUUUAGUAUUCAGAUUUGUAAGUGUCAUUUUAGGAUAGUCCUGAUUCAGGAGACAGGCACAAGAUGAGGCUGCACCUCAUUAUUAUACGGAGCAAUGGGGGUGGGUUUUUCCGUCUGGGAUUCCCAUGCGCCAGCUGCUUUCCUUCUGCUUCUCCUUCUCUUUCCAUGCAAUGCAAGGCAUCUAGACGGAGGUCCAUCUCCAAGAACAGGAGCUUCCCUGAGCACCCAUUCAGCUGACCCAAAGCACCAAGACUUGUCACUAGUUCUCUGACUAACCCAGACCACAGUCCCUGGAAAAGGCAUAGACCUAGGUCUCACAUAAUAGUCCAUAUGGACCUCCUGAGGCCAAUGGGACUGUGCAGGUGAUUCAUUAAGAGACAGAGGUGGAUGGAGGAUUAUGUUGCAGAGGAUGGGAAAUGUCCAAAGGAACGAUGGACCAGAGAAAGAGAGGGCCUUUACAUCGACAGAGAGCAGCUGCAUUUCCUGUGAGGAAACAAUUGGUUGGAAAAGUCUGUAUUCCAAUAUCAUGCUGCUUUAUCAUGCUGCUGAUUGAGGAUUAUGAAAGGUUGCUGAUGCAUUGCUAUCAUUUGAUGACAUUGCAUUUUCAUUUCCUAAAAAUUUGGAACAAGGGUAGGAUGCGGGAAAUGUAGGAUAUGUUGAAAUAUGAGGUGGUGCUAAUGGCAUCUGAUGUGCUCUCUUUUCCUUUGUUCUCUUCCUUGAAACCCAAACAGGAUUUCCUUUCCUCCCACUCUGAAGAAGGUGAAGGAGAAGACAGUCAAAACUUCAGGGGAUCGGGCACCUUCAGUUUAAUUAGGAAGAGAAAUUAAAAUGUGCCAAAUGUGGAAUAUGCUUCACUGAAUGAGCAUACAUAGCACACAUAAACCAUUUAAAUGUAUGGAGUGCGGAAAGAGCUUCAGUUUCAAUGGAAGCCUUAGAACACAUCAACUGACUCACACGGGUGAAAAACCUUUUAAAUGCAUGGAGUGCGGAAAGAGCUUUAGUGAAAAUGGAGACCUUAGAAUACACCAACGGACUCACACAGGGGAGAAACCAUAUAAGUGUAUGGAGUGCGGAAAGGGUUUCAGUCGGAGUGGAAAUCUUAAACGGCACAAACGGACUCACACGGGUGAAAAACCUUUUAAAUGCAUAGAGUGUGGAAAGAGCUUCAAUCAGAGUGAACACUUCAAUAUUCAUCUACAAAGUCACACAGGGGAGAAACCCUAUAAAUGUAUGGAGUGCGGAAAGAGCUUCAGUCAAAGUGGAGAACUUAGAACACAUCAACGUACUCACACAGGGGAAAAACCAUUUAAAUGUAUGGAGUGCGGAAAGAGCUUCAGUCAGAAUGCAAACCUUAGAAGCCAUCAACGGACUCACACAGGGGAGAAACCAUAUAAUUGUAUGAGGUGCGGAAAGAGCUUUAGUGAAAAUGGAAAACUUCGAAUACAUCAACAGACUCACACAGGGGGAAAACCAUUGAAAUGUACGGAGUGCGGAAAGAGCUUUAGUUUCAAUUCAACCCUUAGAAUGCAUCAACGGACUCACACAGGGGAGAAACCAUAUGAAUGUAUGGAGUGUGGAAAGCACUUCAGUCAGAAUGCACACCUCAAUAUACAUCAACGGACUCACACAGGGGAGAAACAAUAUAAAUGUAUGGAGUGUGAAAAGAGCUUCAGUCGGAAUGGAAACCUUAGAAGCCAUCAACGGAUUCACACGGGUGAAAAACCAUAUGAAUGCAUGGAGUGUGGAAAGAGCUUUAAUUUCAAUGCAUCCCUUAGAACACAUCAACGGACUCACACAGGGGAGAAACCAUUUAAAUGUAUGGAGUGCGGAAAGAGCUUCAGCCAGAGUGGUCACCUCAGUAUUCAUCUACGGACUCACACAGGGGAGAAACCAUUUAAAUGUGUGGAGUGCGGAAAGAGCUUUCAUCAUAAUGGAAACUUUAGAAGACAUCAAUGGAAUCACACAAGGGAGAAACCAUUUGAAUGCCUGGAGUGUGGGAAGAGCUUCAGUGAAAGUGGAAAUCUUAGAAAACAUCAGCAGACACACAUGGGAGAAACCAUUUAA